GUGGAACAGGGGGACGGGGGGACGGGGUGUUAAAUUAAGACACGUAAUUUGUACCUUUGAAGCAAAAAUAUAGCACAAGUUAAUUCUUCUUCACAAUAUACUUUCUUUUCCAUUGUGGUAAGAAAGUAAGAUUUGACAUACGACCAAAUGGAGCUACACUAGUCUAUAUAAUUUGAUUUGAUUUAACAGAAUGAUGACAUGAUGGUGCCAAAGCAUUCAUAGAUCUAACAACCUGAUUAGAGGGCUAUUAUUUUACGUUUCCAUUUAAAAACAAAGUCAUUUAUAUCGUUUCGGAAAUCUCAUUAAGGAUAAGCUCUAUGAACUUCAUGAUGCGCUGGCUAUGAAAAACAAAAAACAAAUAACGUACACACAGAAGAAUUUUUUUAGAAUGUCAUCAAAAGGUUUAUUUGCAACAUUGUUAUUGUUGUACAUUUCAAUACACGUGGAAGCGCGAUAUGAAAAUAUAUUUUGUUUUGUGAUGGAAGAUCAUCAUUUACAUUUAAAUAUCUCAUUUGAUGAUAAAAUGUUGUAUUCCAAAGAAAAUACAAGAAUGAUGAUUACAAUGAAAGUCAAAAGUUGGGGAGGGUGGACGAACUACACAACUUGUACGUUUCAUAGAAUACAUCAAACAAAUUACACGUUAAAUUGUAGAAUUGGAGAUAUAUAUACAUGGAGUGAAGAGGAUUAUAUUGUUAAAAGGCUUGUUUUACAUCGUGGAAAUAACUCACUACAUUUACAAGACACUGUACAUGAAAACUACUAUGAAAGCACCUUCAAUUGUCACGAUGAUCAUGAGAUUAAAAACUUAACAGCAGUUUCCACGGAGAAUUCAACUACAAUCCGUUGGUAUACAAAUAAAUGGGAUGAUAAAGAAUCGUACAUCUCGUGGACAGACAUCACUGUAAAAGAAAGAUACAAAGAAGCAACAAUAUACAAAGAGUUAAAACAGUUUAAAAAGUGUUUAUAUGGUUGCUCAUACACAGAAAAGAGACUUCAUGAAUGCACUGUAUAUACACUUUGCGUGGAAAACAUAUUUAUUUACCAUGAGACCACCAAGUCUUGCGUGACUACGAAAACACAAUGUCAACCACGCCAAAUCAACAAGUUGACUAGCAACAAGAUUUCCAUUGCUGUAGCUGCUUUGGCGGUGUUUUUGUUUUUAUGCUUGGUGACUGGCAUUCUUAUAAGAAGGUUAUAUAAAAGACAACGCGAAGAAGAUAUCUAUGAAAAUAACAACGAGGGGAAGAGACUUAAUAUUAGCGAUUCAGAAAUACAAUGUGAGAGUCAUUUCUGUCCACCUGAGUUGCCAGUGCAUGUCGAUGACUCGCCAUAUUGCUAUCCCGUACCGACUAAUAUACCAAAGAAUAUAUAAAAUCAAAUUUCAUUGUAUACCUUGACGACAAUAUUGCAUUUAGCUAUGGCUACUAAAUACUGUAAAUAUUGUAUCUUUAUCUUCAAAAUAUUUCCCAAAAGCAGCCGUUUUUAUAAUGUUAAUAUUAUGAGCGCACAUAAUUUCAGGAGAUUAAAUCAAAAC